AAGAAGUGUUUUAAGGGUUCCAGAAUGUGGGGAAUUUCGCGUAGAGCGGUGGAACGAAUCGCUCGCCCCGGCCGCGAUGCCGCGGCGCUGCUAUCGGCUCGAGAGAUUCACGCCACAAGGCCGGCGCUCGACGGAGCGCGCGCGCCCUUGGUUAGCAACGAGGAGGCAGCCAAGAUGAGCUGGUAUCAAGUGCUAGAUAAGACGGGGGAUACUAUGUUCUUGGCCGAGUGUGUUCGUGGCUUGAUGCUCACGCUCAAGUAUUUCUUCGAGCCCAAAGUUACUAUAAACUAUCCCUUCGAGAAAGGACCACUCAGCCCCAGGUUUCGUGGCGAGCAUGCUUUACGACGCUAUCCCACGGGAGAAGAGCGAUGCAUCGCUUGUAAACUCUGCGAAGCGGUCUGUCCGGCACAAGCCAUAACUAUAGAAGCCGAAGAAAGAGAGGAUGGUAGUCGUCGAACUACGAGGUAUGAUAUCGAUAUGACAAAGUGCAUCUACUGCGGAUUCUGCCAAGAGGCUUGCCCAGUCGAUGCUAUCGUUGAGGGACCAAAUUUUGAGUUUGCAACCGAGACUCACGAGGAGCUCUUGUAUGACAAAGAAAAGCUGCUAGAGAAUGGAGAUAGAUGGGAGACCGAGAUCGCAGAAAACUUACGCGCAGAUAGCUUGUACAGAUGAGCACAAAGAACGGGAAGAACGGGAAUAAAAAGCAACGAAGUGUUCAAGUACCUCGCACACCACUGGUGCGUUUUUUCCAAGCUUUCCCAGAUCGAGCUCGAGAGAAAAAUUCCAUAAAAAAAGCUCUUGUUGGAGAAUGACGAAAACACUGGUUUGAUCA